AGCCGAGCCCUGCGCGUGUUUGGAUCGGUCCGCUGGAGUGCGCUGAGUUCAGAGCGACAAACUAAACUACACAGAAAAGUCCCCGGAUCAGAAUGGCUCAGCAUUGGACUACUGGUUUAUCAUUCAAACUCGACAACUUUUCCGUUUUAACUUCGUCAGCGGAAUUAUUGUUUUGCUGACAGCUGUUUUUUGCACGUCGAAAUUGAGCGAUGCGGUUGCCGGUGUUUUACCUGCUCCGAUGAGGAUAACUUACAGCUGAUACAUGAUAGACUGUAACCAGACUGACUUCCCUUUAAACUCAUACAGAUGCGCAGAUCAGGACGAAACAUUUAAUGCUACAGGGCAUUGAGUUUGUGAAGCGUUGCGCAGCAGCUCAGUGGCUCCCCCUGCAGUACUGCAGCAUCACCCAGCCGCAAAUCUGCCUCAUGGCCACAAGUCCAGACCCCUGCAGUACAUAUGACUGUUACCAAAAGGUAAACUAACCAUCAGGAGGCAGUGAGGUGAUGCAAAAGACGUAUGACAUGGAGGUCAAAGGUCACCUGAUAACAGGCCCUGAGCUGCAGGCCGCUAUGGACAGUAAGCAGCGUGCGGAGCGGAUGGUGGAGCUGCAGGAGCGCCGGAGGAGUCUGCAGUCGCUGCUCAACACUCGAAUAGCAGAACUCAAACGCGUGUGUCUGCAGGAGGCGGAGUUGACAGGUGAAGCUCCUCAUGAAUAUGCUCUGGAAACCGGAGAGAAGCUCCCUCAUGUGCGGCGCAGGGCUGGUCUGUCCCGCAGCGGGUCCAAACACAACACCAAAAAUGAGGAAGAGGACGUCUCUCAGCGCAAGACAAAGAAAACUCUGUUCAGCGGCGCCCUCCGCAGGCACGUCGAUUCAGAGCCGCAUCCUCCUCACAGCAAACGAACGGUUCAUAGAGGAUGCCACACAGAUAACACGGUGAAGUCUGAGAGCAGCUCCACGUCUGAUUCCACCAAUCAGGACACUGAAGACGCCUCUGACGGCCUGUCGCUCGCACAGCCCCGGCUGGUCUCGGGGAGCCCAGACAACAGGAUUUCUCGAAAACUCUCCCCUGUGGAUAUCUAUUACGAGAUGAAAACACGCCGUAACUCUGUGGCCAGCUCCGCCAGCCCGAGUCACUCUCUUCCAAGAAGUGUGUCAAAUCUGGAAGGUAGAAGUGUCCCAGCAACUCCGCUCCUGUCCCGCAAUGGAAUAACAGGAGUGCACAUCAGGUCAGAAUCAUCUAGCGGCACUGCUGCUGUGAAGCAGUGGUCAGACAAUCCCGAGGCGUCCCAUCAGGUGCCUCUGCUGUCUCAGGAGGGGUCGUCCUCAGGGUCCUACGAGCAAGGGCACAGACGUAGCAAUAGCUCCGAGACAUUACUCGACCGGCACGGCACCGCAGCGGAGGACGGAGGUCGAAGGUCAGGCAUGCCAGUACGGAACGGCCCGUACAAGAGCUCGGAAGCCAUCAUGGACACAACUUUAAAACAGGCGCAGCGGAGCAGCCCCGAGCGGCAGGUAAACGGGCACGCCGAGCUGGCCCGCGUUCGCUCGGUCGCAGGAGGUCGAGGAACGAGCGGAGGUGUCGGUUACAGUGAGAUCCUCAUGGAUUAUGUUUUGGGAAAGCAGCAGAAGAUGCAAGCUCAGCAACAACAAAGACUGCAGGUGCAAAGUAAUGCAAAAUCCCGGCCGUGGCCCGACGGUCCCAAUGCUGCUCCGCCUCCCUACAGGAAUGGUUUUCCCCAAUCACAGCAGCUUAUCCUGGGCAACGGCCCUCCGGCCUACAGCCCUCUGAUGCUGAGAGGGAAACCUGGCGAACCACGGAGGGUCAAAGUGUCACGCACCAAAUCCUGCGGCCCAUUCGUUCCCUUACAGCAGCACCAGCAAGAGUCCAUCCUGCUCUCUGCCUACAACGAAACCUCCACCUCCAACGGUACUGCCAUUAAUGCAACGCAUAACCAGCAGAUGGACCACCUCCACAGACCGCCCCAUUACCCUCUCGACUCCUCCGCACCCACGACCCCCGACGACCCCACGCGCAGCCUGCACAAGGCUUUGGCUCUGGAGGGUUUGAGAGACUGGUAUCUGAGGAAUGCGCUGGGACAGACGGCCAAUGGAGGAAAGGGAAAAGAGGGGAAUCAGACUCAGCGCAGGCGUACCACAUCCUCUCUGCACAAUUCACAGCAUCAUCCGCCGCUCAAACACCAGCCACAGUCCUUCCAAACAGACACGUCCUAUCCACAGAUCCCCCAGUCGGCCACGUUUCAUGGACACCCUCUACAUGGCAGGUCGAUGGAGCUUUCUCUGUACCAAGAGACCUUUUCAUCUAAGAUGCAGGACAUGACACUUAAAGACAGCAGUACUGACAGACCCACACCAGGCACACUGGUCUGAUCUCACACUCAUGCAAACACAAAGAGACUACAGCAAACACCAGCUUACAUGUGUAAAGAAUCACAGACUCAGAAAAUGCCAAAAUGGACUAUUAAAAAUAAAAAAACCUUUUUGGUUCCUUUCAGCAGCUGACAGAAAUCAGUCUAGCAUCCUUGAUAUACUAACGUAUGCUAAGUAUACUUGUACUCAAGACCCUUUUCAGCAUGAGAUCAAGCUGUCUUCUACUUUCACAUCAUCUCUGGGUUCCUGAAGCUUUAUUAUGAUAGUUUCCCUUUUAAUUAGCAAAAGAAGUAGCAAUCUCUGGCAAAAGAGACAAUAUGUCAGCACAUUCCUAUGAAUUCAUUCUAUCAAACUAUUUCCAGCCUUGAUAUGGAUUUGUCACAAAAUAUAUAAAAAGAGCUCUUGCUGUUCAUGAGAAUCCAGUAUUGGUCGCUGGUGAGACCUUCCACAAGUACUACUGGACAUGUAAGGCCCUUUGAAAAACAAUCGGGAUGAUCUCAGUGUUUUUAUGGAAAUAUUUCUAUGCAAAUUACAAUCAACUGUGUUUAGACAAAAUUAAUAAUUUGAGUUUUGCUUUUGUCAUUCCGAGUAGCGGUUUUGAAAUAUUUAGGAGAAAAGAACCAAGCUUAAUCUUAUUCUUUGAUGGACUGUUAUCGAGUCAGGGACUCAAGAAAUGUAGAAUUCCAUUAGUAUCUUUAUUACUUAAUCACAAUGUGGAGGAGUAUAAAUGAGCUCAUUCAGGAGGAUGAGAUAAGAAUGGCACAAAGGUCACAUCUUUAUCUGUAUCACUCGUAUUUAUCGUGCUUUCUUCCUCAGGCUGUAAUUAUAUACCCAUAUUAAUAUACACAGUCACACAAUAAACAGAGAAACGUACAGGUAGAAUAAAGAAUAAAUUACAUUUUAUAUUAUAAGAAAAUGAAACCAGAAUGAAAGGUUGAAUCUCACAAAACCUGUCAAAAACAUAUUUCACUCCAGAAUGUUUUAAAGUGAUUAUUUUGGUCUACAUCAAGAAUUGUAUUAUUUUAAAAUAGGAAAUCAUAACCUGAAAAAAUACAUGCAAUACUGUUUUAUUUAGGGAUUUUAAAAAAAACAUACUAUAAAAAUAUAAAAAUAUUUUUUGUUCGAUUUUUGGGGUGAGAUACGACUCAUGUUACAUGGUUUGCUGAGACUCCUAUCAGGAAGUGAAAUCCUUGACCACUAGGAGGAGCCCCAUGGUGUGUUUUGAGGGGGUUCUGGAUCUAUUCAAAUCUGCAGCAUCCACUACAGAUGCAUGCAAAGCGUCCUGCCAGGUGCAGUGCUUGUCGCAAGAGUCACCAGCUUCUUGUGUAUAGCGCCUUAAUUGCAAUUGUUCAUUGUUUUUCCUAUCGGAUUGACUGCAGAUGUCAAUAUUUACUGUAUGUUUCAGUAAUUAGAUUGCAUGAAAUGAAAAGGAUUAAUUAACCAAAUCAGGACUUUGCCAAGACUAGUAAUUUUCCCGCACCCUCUUCUAGAAUUUAUUCAAAUUGUGAUGCUCAGAAUGUGGCGUUGCCUACUAAUGCCAGAAUGCGAAUCUUUGACCAUUGUGCCUAGCCAAUGUGGUGGGGAAGACUUGUAGAAACAAUGACUUAUCACUAUGUGUAUUUCUCACAGCCAGAUUAAAUAAAGAAUUAAAUAAUUUCCCUAUAAUACUUUUCCCUUCAGAAACAAACCUUGAUGUACCAGUGCAUGCGGGUAUCUGUUCUUCUUUACUCUAUUGUUCCCUGAUUUUUUUUAUUUGGUUCACAGUGUUAUCAUUAUGUAGGCAACUUGAUGUCGGUCUUGAAAAGCUUCUUCAUGUCAGAUGCCUUCUCUAUGAAUAUAUCUGUAGAAUAUAACACUGAGAGUUGAAUUUACUGAAGCAAUCCGAACUUUCGCAGAUACUUUGUCACCAAAUGCUGCCGUGCUUGUCUCAGGACUACACUGAAAGCUGCUUUGAUUGUGGUCUGUCCGUUUGAAUCCACACCACUAAUGCAUGGAAGUGUCUCUCAUAGAAAUAACUUUUCUUUUGAUAAAAUCUAAGUUAAAAUCAGAGUUUAACAUGUGUGUGACGGUUGAGAAGGUUGUAAAAUGUGUAUGAUGCUUUAAAACCCUGCUGAGGACAUCUAAGAUUAUAUUUCAAAUAUUUGGAAAGAUCUUGUUGCACUCACGUGAAACAUAAUCAUUUCUGUUGAUAAAGAAAACUAUCGGAUUAUGAUCUAAAGGACGAUGAAUAUGAAGGAUAACAGCCUUUUAUUUUUGAUUAAAGACUUAAUAGAUGUUGAUUUCGAACUGAAAGCAAAUAAAACCAAUAAAGUUUGUCAUAUCAUGGUACCAAAUGUUAAAACUUUUUGAAGGUGUUCCCUACAUGUUUUGGACACUAUUGAGGAUUUUAUUUCAAUUUUAAAAUUCCUUAUCUGAAACCUGUUUAUUUGCGAUUUCCCUGUUUUAUCACUUUUGAAAGAAACCCAUCCAACUGUAAAGGCUAAUUUGCUGUUUUCUCUUUAGUUUUCAACAUUUUAUAUCUCUAUUGGAAAAAAAAAUCUAAUAAAAAACCAAGACUGUACAAAGUUUGUUUUUAAUAAAGUGUUUUUGGUCAUA